AUGGCGCCUUCGGUUCUGCAGAAUGGCGGAUUCGUUUUGGGCUUGAUCGGCGCGGCAGCCCUCAUCGCAGCCACUGCCAUGAACAACUGGAGUGCCAAGGACAGGCAGGGGGAAGUGGUGACGUCUGUGUACACCUACAAGGGUCUGUGGCAGGACUGUGAGACCGCUUCCUCAGGACUCACAGAGUGCCGCCCGCUCUACGGCCUCCUGGGCUUCUCAGGAUCUUUCCAGGCGGUGCGAGCCCUGAUGAUAGUGGGCGUGGUCCUGGGGGUCCUGGGGGCCUUCAUAUCAGUGUUCUCACUGACCUGCCUCACAAUGAACAGCAUGGCGGACACCACCAAGGCCAAGAUGAGCCUCACCGCUGGCAUCAUGUUCAUCAUCGGCGGUGUGUGUGGCAUUGCAGGAGCUUCCAUCUAUGCCAAUCAGAUUGUGGCCAGUUUCAGGAUAUCCAGCAUGCAAGGAGGGUAUGGUGGAGGAAUGGGAGGAGGAAACAUGCAGGGAGGCUUUGGUGGAGGAAUGGGAGAAGGAUUACCCACAUACACGUUUGGCCCUGCCCUGUUUGUAGCCUGGAUAGGAGGGGGCGUCCUGGUCAUUGGGGGCAUCCUCAAGUCACUGGCUUUCAAGGAAAUGGUGAAAGAUGAAAAACCACUAUACCCAGGGGUUGCAUACAAACCUCAGCCUCGCACCAAAAGCGACCUCGGCGAUUACCAUUCAGAGGGCGGCAAGAAAGACAAAGAUUACGUGUAA